AUGACAAGGUUGAUGAAAGAUUUGACGCUGAUACAUGGCUUCUUUUUUUCCAGGACGAACCUCCGCACCCAGAAGCGCCUCGCGGCGUCCGUCGUCGGCUGCGGCAAACGCAAGAUCUGGCUCGAUCCCAACGAAGUCAACGAAAUCUCCAAUGCCAACUCGCGACAGACGAUCCGGAAGCUGGUCAGCGAUGGACUCAUCAUCCGCAAGCCGGUGGCCAUGCAUUCGAGAUCUCGUGCCAGGGAGUUGAAUGCGGCUAGAAGAAUUGGCAGACACCGAGGGUUCGGUAAGAGAAAGGGUACCAAGGAUGCUCGGAUGCCCAGCCAGGUUCUAUGGAUGAGACGCUUGCGUGUUCUUCGACGUCUGCUCGUCAAGUACCGUGCUGCCGGCAAGAUCGAUAAGCACCUCUACCACGAACUCUACCAGUUGAGCAAGGGUAACACCUUCAAGCACAAGCGUGCUUUGGUCGAACAUAUCCACAAGGCCAAGGCCGAGAAACAACGUGAGAGAAUCCUCAAGGAAGAAAUGGACGCCAAACGUGCCAAGACCAAGGCUGCUCGUGAACGGAGACAGGAACGUAUCCAGACCAAGAGAAACGCCCUUGCUGGCGAGGCUGAGGAGGAGGAGGCCAAGCAGGAAUAG